UGAAUGAUGUAGCAGGUUUUUGUGUCUCCAUAUAGGGAGGAGAAUAUAAUUCACAUAUUCACCAUGGAUACAUCUGAUGCAUUGAAGCUGCCUGACGAAACAGUUGAAACUAUUCGCCUGCAGAUUGAGCACUUUCUCUCCAAGUUGACUAUAGAGCAGUGGAACCUGUUAAAAUCAGAAACACCAGACAAUGCCACAAAGCAUCUAUUGGCAGAACUUCUUCUGCUCAUGACAUCGUCUGUGUCCUUAGACCUGAUUAGGGCACAUGGACAUGACUUGCCCUUGAUUACGGAGAGUCUCCAGUCCAGUCUGGGAGACGCACUUCGUCAAAGUUUCGCACAGGGCAGCUUAACAAAUUCUGUAAGAUUGGAUGAACUCACAGGGUUGGUUGCAGAGGAGAUGAUAGAGAGGGUCAAUUACUUCCUGUCGGAGAACUCCACCAGGGCACACUCCGCUGGACCGCCACAGUUUCCCAGGCCUACACCCAACAAACUUGAAAGAAUGGUCUGUUGUGUUUGCAAAGUGUUGAGGAAAUUUUCGGCCAGAAUCGAGGGCUCGUUCCAGCUGAAACUAGGUAGUCAAAGCCCAUUUGAGCUUAUGCACGAGUUACUUCAGGGGAUAAUAUCUUCAUCAGACAGUUACUCCUCACCAAACAGUUUCCGCUCUGACAGAUCAACAACCUCAGAAUCAACACUCAGCAGCAGUCUCCUUAACAAAAGUGGGACUGUCACGAAAAUUAUUUUGAAGGAGGUGAGCGAGAUCAUGGUGCCCCUUGUAGAUGAAAUGUCCGAAGCUGACGUGAGUGAGCUGAUACUCGAAUCUUCUCUGGAGUUUAAAGCUACUUCAGAUGAAAUCUCUCAGAUAAUUAGUGAAGAGAAGAGAGUAACAUCUUCUGAGUUGAGUAGUAUCUCUAAAUCCUCGGAGGACACAAGGAUUUGCAAAGGAGUGGAGAAGAAGAUCAUGAAGAUUUUGGCAAAGUUUUUUGCCACAGCAUCGAUGGUCAAGAUGGGGGCACAAGUCAAGAAGGAAUUCGAGAAGAAAACCAAAGUCCAGAGCAGGGAGUCAAUGAAGUUUCUGAUGGCUAGUGUCGAGUAUCUGCUUCUGACAGAGACUAAGUUCAGAGUUUUACCUGAAAAAGCACCUGUCCUUACUGAUGUCCUUUACAGGUACGUCACAGCUGAGAUUUUAGUGGUGACUCCAGAUGCAGCAAUGACAGUGUCUGUUCCUAAAUCACAUAGAAGGAUGUACGGGAACAUACAGGAGAGAGUGUUCAAUGCCCUGCCAUUGAUGAACUGGUGGUUCUCAAAACAGGCCGGUGACUACACCAACCGAAUGACAUCCACUGUAAUGGAGAUUAAAUCCACAAGGGACCUGGCAGAGACCCGCAAAAAAAUGUUUGUCAGUCUCAUCCUCGUCCAGCUUGUUGCUCGAGUCAAUGUAAAGUCAAAAGUGAACUUGUCUUAUGGCAACCCAACAGAACUCGCUCAUAACCUGUUUAAAAAAACAUGGGCCGAAGUCAAAGACAUUGACUUUGAGAUAUCCUCAGAAAUAAUCAAUAACCUCCAUAAGCCUGUUUUCAAGGAACUGUGUAAGAAGUGGGCCGGUCCAGAAAUGCUGCUUCUUUGCAUUUCUAACAGGGAACCAGAGGUCGAGAAAAACAUCAUUGACUGUAUAAAAACCUACAUGUCCAAAAAACCCAACCGCAUCUCCAGAAUCAUCUCCUCUGUGGCAGCAUUCUUCAAACUGUAGAAGGGAUGUUGAUUAAUCCCUGUUUGGUUGCUCUGUAGUUUCUCUUGCACUGACACAUUCUGUGCAGCAGACACUUAUGUUUGCUGAGAGCUGUACUGAGGUGAGCAAGAGAAGAGGGGGAGAUCCUGGAGCUGCAGCAGUGAGGAGGAGGAGAGACUGAACCACUGGGAGCAGAAUGAAGCUACAGUGACGUGCAAUUAUGUGUUGAAGAGAACAAAAGAAUAGGGAGACGGAGCAAACCUCAGUCC